UGAGGCAAUGGAUAGACAAACCUGCUCAGCUACAAGCUCAGACAGGGUCUCGACGCGCUAGGUGCCGUGGGUAGAAGUACAAAAGGCGCGAGUACAGAGCAUUGCUGGCUCGAGUAUCUUGGUGGACUUGAGACGCGCCGGCAGAUACUAGCCCUACCAGCCCUACCCCGUCUGCCCAGAUUACUGCAUCGCCCCUCCACCAUUCCAACUCAAAAAUCUCGCAGCACAUUCCCGGUCCAGCCAAGCAGGCACAUCCCUGACGAUGACUUCUGAAGAACAAAAGGCCACGCCCGAGAACAAUACCCUGUUUCAGGGCUUUGAAUGGAACGUGCCAGAUGACCACAAGCACUGGAAGCGCCUCGCUGAGCAAAUCCCCAAACUUAAAGCAAUUGGUAUCGACAACAUCUGGCUGCCCCCUGGCUGCAAGGCGGCGAACCCCAAGGGUGUUGGUUACGACAUCUACGACCUGUACGAUCUGGGCGAGUUUGAUCAGAAGGGUGCAACAGGCACAAAGUGGGGGACAAAAGAGGAGCUGGUCGAGCUCACCAAAGUCGCCAAGGAGCACAGCAUUGGCCUGUAUUGGGACGCGGUGCUCAAUCACAAGGCGGGCGCAGACAGGACAGAAAAAUGCCGCGUUGUUGAAGUUGACGCAAACGAUCGCACCAAGGAGGUAUCUGAUGCCUAUGAAAUCGAAGGAUGGCUGGGAUUCGACUUUCCCGGCCGUGGCGAGCAGUACUCGCAAAUGAAGUACCACUGGGAGCACUUUUCCGGGACCGACUACAACCAAGCCAACGAGAAGAAGGCCAUCUACAAGAUAUUGGGCGACAACAAAGGCUGGUCGAAGCACGUCGACGACGAACAGGGCAAUGCGGAUUAUAUGAUGUUUGCAGAUAUCGACUACUCGCACCCAGAGGUGCAGGAGGACGUCAAGAAGUGGGGGGUGUGGAUAACCAAGGAGCUUGGGCUCAAGGGCUUCCGGCUUGAUGCGGUGCAGCACUUCAGUUCGAGGUUUACCAGCGAGUGGAUCAAGAAUCUCCGCGAGCAAUGCGGAGAUGUGUUUAUCGUGGGCGAGUUCUGGUCGGGGGAUGUGAAGGAGAUGAGCGACUGGCUCGACGAGAUGAACCGCGAAUUCGCCCUGUACGACUCGCCUCUGCUAAACAAGUUUGGGUCGCUGUCGACGACCGAGUCGGCGGACUUGCGAACAGUGUUUGACGACACGCUGGUGCAGCUGCGGCCCGUCGACGCGGUAACAGUGGUGACGAACCACGACACGCAGCCCGGGCAGGUCAUGGAGACCAAGAUCGAAGAGUUUUUCAAGCCGCUGGCCUAUGCGCUGAUCCUGCUGCGGCAGGAGGGAUACCCAUGUCCGUUCUAUGGCGACCUGUACGGCCUCUCGGAGCCACACGAGACGCCAGCGUCGUGCGGCGGCAAGCUAGGCGAUCUCAUCCUGGCGCGCAAGCUGUUUGCCUACGGAGCGCAGGAGGAUUACUUCAACGAGGCCAAUUGCAUUGGGUUUGUGCGGCGGGGGACGUGGGACAAGGUGGCGGGACUUGCAUGCGUCAUGAGCAACGCAGGGCCCGGGCAGAUCAGGAUGGCGGUGGGCGAGAUGCACGCGGGCGAGAAAUGGAGCGACGUGCUGGGGUGGGAGCAGGGCGAGGUGGAGAUUGACCGCGAGGGCUACGGGCUGUUCAAGUGCCCGGGCACGAGCGUUGCGGUGUGGGUGCGAAGUGAUGCUGAGGGACGCGAGCGAUUCCCCACCAAGUUCGAUGCCGACGUUUAUCACAAGGGGGCGUGAUAAUAUGUAUAAGCAGCUGGCACGGCGUCAGCGUCUUGGGCAGUGUACAUUAGUACUACACAUAGAUAUAGGUAAGCAAGGCAAUGGCAGCAGCAGCAGG